AUUGUGGGAAAGAGCAAUGGUCUGAAGGCGGCUCAGCCAGCGUUGGAGCCCACCAUGAUACAUUUCAUAUUGCUGUUCAGUCGCCAAGGAAAAUUAAGGCUGCAGAAAUGGUACACAACACUCCCUGAUAGAGAGAGGAAAAAGAUCAGCCGGGAAAUUGUUCAAAUUAUUCUGUCUCGAAGUCAAAAGGCAAGCAGUUUUAUUGACUGGAAGGAACUAAAACUUGUUUACAAAAGGUAUGCCAGUUUAUAUUUUUGCUGUGCAGUAGAAAAUCAGGAUAAUGAACUGUUGACACUAGAGAUCGUGCACCGAUACGUAGAACUACUGGACAAAUAUUUUGGAAAUGUCUGUGAGCUGGAUAUUAUCUUUAAUUUUGAAAAGGCUUAUUUCAUUCUUGACGAGUUUAUAAUGGGUGGAGAAAUCCAAGAGACGUCAAAAAAAUCGGCAGUCAAAGCCAUAGAAGAUUCUGAUAUGUUACAGGAGACAAUGGAGGAAUACAUGAACAAACCUACAUUUUAAUAUCAAAUCUACUUGAAGACAAAAAAAAAUCUGCACAUUGUACACACACAAAACUCAACAUGCUGCAAUUCAUUUCUUAAGUGCCAGAGCCUCUAAAAAUACCAAAAAGAACUAAAAGGAACUAUGUGCAAAUUAGUAAAAUUUUCAUUUUGGUGAAUAUAACAUAUUUAUGAUUACACAUCUGUAUUAUAUGUAAAAUAAAUUGUAUCUAGCACUGUUGGAAUUUUUAAAUCAUUGUAUUAUCCACUGCUAAUUUGUUUGAUAUCAGGAUUUUAGCUACAAAAUCAAACUUUGAUAUGUUACUGAGAAAUAGCUAGCAAUAUAUUUUUCCUAGUUUUGAGCCACCACUUAUGAGAUUUUAUUGACUGUUUUGCAUACUUGGGGUAACAAUGACUCCUUUUCUAAAUGAGUUGUUUAUGGAAUACAAUUUCACAAUGAUUUAAUGACAUGUCAGGCACUGUGACAAUUUUUCUGUCAACUUAAAUGCAAAUAUAUAGGUCUGAUCCUUGAAUUUGUAAUUUCUAGUUAAUGAGAGAAAUAUGUACUUUGGGGAACAAUUUUAAGAAAGUGAAUAGUAGAUUAUACACAUAUUUAAUAUACUUAUAUUCAUGUAUAUUUUCAACAAUUGUCUAGGUUGGGAAUUUUCUACCUUUUUUGCUAAAAAGAGAAAUGGGAUAGCACCAUUUGGCUGUAUUUUUUAAUCCGAAAUAAUAUUUGUAACUAUAUAUUCCUGAAUAACAGGCCCAGUUAGGCUUCAAAUGACUUGAGUGAUGGGAUAACGAUGAUGACGAUGAUGAUGUAUCCAUGAUUUCCCUUGAGAUACUGGGUAAAAUUCAGUAUCAAAGAGGCUUUCUUAUAGGGUCCAGGACUGUCUCAUGCAUAGUGUGUGCUCAGAAAGUAUUUGGGGAUAUUUGUAACCUUUCUGUCUCUGCACACACAAAAUUCCAAUUCACUAGAUGCUGAGUUUUUCUUGUAUUUGGGAGUGUAGAAUCUGACCCUCCCAUAGGAAUUAUUUCCCAAUUUCCCACCUCAAUUUGUGUGUUUUCUGACUUUUGAAGUGGAAUACUAAUUGGCUCCCAAAUCCUAUAGGUCAAUGGCAAUGGGAAGAGAGUGAAGGUUAUGGGUAUGUUUGACAGGAGCCAGUCUGUAUCGUAUCAGGGAAAAUUAUCAAUGGUAUGAAAAAAAUGAAUAAAUAAAUGAAAGAAACUGAAAAUCAA